CUCAUCCAGAGUCUAGUGUUUGAGUACUUGAGUAUCGAAGACCUGUCGUCGACGGCCAGCUUUCCUCCCGAAGUGGAUCGGCUCAAGAAGUACAUCAACUCUGUUGAAGAGCUGCAGUCCGUUCGCCAAAGAUUGGCCGCAGAGAUCGCCGACAACUCCAUUGCCAUCAGAGAGCUGGUGGUGAGGGCCGAAGACGCCCGGCUUAUCGGCGAAAUAAAAUUGAUGAAAGACUUCUACAAUGAUUUGAAUGCAUUGAACAACGAUCUGAUCACUGAAUAUAAGAUCCGGUGCCAGAAUCACACGGAUCUGGUCGAGAGUCUCAAACAGGUUAACGUUAUUAUACAAAGGGCUGGCAAUCUAAGAGUGGGUAAACCAAAGUCACAACUAAUCAAUUCGUGUCGAAACGCUAUCCAACAAAACAAUUUGAAUCUAUUGUCACGUAUUAUAAGCGAAGGAGAGUUUUGAAUAUAAUAUAUCGGUUCAGAUCUUUG